GGUUGUAGGGAUUUCGGUGAAAAAGAUGCGGCUUUGGCGACAGAUCCCGGCACCCGGUACAGUCGAAUAAACGGACAUCGCGGAAAGCAGCAGGUCUGAGCAGGCAGCAUCCUGCUCCUUGCUCCCUCACCCACGAUCUUCACGGCGUAACAGGCGGGAUGGAGGGUCACGCUGAGGUCAGCAGGCUGACUGGCCAGUUGCCGGGCUCACCGCAGCCCAGGGAAGGCAUGCAGCUGAAGAAGGAGAUCUCUCUGCUCAGCGGCGUCAGCCUCAUCGUGGGCAACAUGAUCGGCUCGGGCAUCUUCGUCUCUCCCAAGGGUGUGCUGCUCUACAGCACCUCUUACGGCCUGUCCCUGGUCAUCUGGGUGGUGGGCGGGGUCUUCUCUGUGAUCGGGGCACUCUGCUAUGCGGAGCUGGGCACUACCAUAACCAAGUCUGGCGCCAGUUACGCCUACAUCUUGGAGUCCUUCGGGGGGUUUGUCGCGUUUAUUCGGCUCUGGACGUCGCUGCUCAUCAUCGAGCCCACCAGCCAAGCAGUCAUUGCCAUCACGUUCGCCAACUAUCUGGUGCAGCCGCUCUUCCCCACGUGCGAGCCGCAGUACUAUGCCUCCAGGCUCCUGGCUGCUGCCUGCAUCUGUCUGCUGACCUUCAUAAACGCAGCAUAUGUGAAGUGGGGAACCAGAGUGCAGGACAUCUUCACCUAUGCUAAAGUCCUGGCCCUCAUCGUCAUCAUCAUCACAGGGAUGGUGAAGAUGUGUCAGGGUUAUACGGAAAACUUUGAGGGCAUCUUCCAAGGGUCAUCUAGUGAUCCAGGAAACAUUGCCCUGGCCCUGUAUUCGGCCCUGUUCUCCUACUCAGGCUGGGACACCCUCAACUUUGUCACUGAGGAAAUCAAAAACCCAGAGAGGUGUGUAUGGGUUCAAACUCUCACUUUUUUCACAUCUCCUGUUCUGGAUAGAAGUGAUAGUUCUCUUAUCUGCUGUUCCAGGAACCUCCCUCUGGCCAUAGCGGUUUCUAUGCCGAUAGUCACCAUCAUCUACAUCCUGACCAAUGUGGCCUACUAUGCAGUCCUGGAUAUGAGCACCAUCCUGGCCAGUGACGCUGUAGCAGUGGUGAAUUUUAGCUUCAUAAACCUCUUUACUUUUGAAAGGGGGGUGUAUGGGGGUAGUGUAUGGGGGUUGGUGUAUGGUGGGUGUUGCACUCAGUAUGCACUUCUGCACGUCCCACAGACGUUUGCCGAUCACACCUUGGGGAUGUUGAGCUGGACUAUCCCCAUAGCUGUCGCCCUGUCCUGCUACGGUGGACUCAACUCCUCCAUCAUCGCUGCAUCCAGGCUCUUCUUUGUGGGCUCGCGAGAAGGACACCUCCCCAACGCUUUGUCAAUGAUCCACAUGGAGAGGUUCACACCAGUGCCUGCGCUCCUCUUCAACUGUGCCAUGUCUCUGAUCUACCUGGCUGUGGAAGAUGUCUUCCAGCUUAUUAACUACUACAGCUUCAGCUACUGGUUCUUUGUUGGACUCUCCAUUGCUGGACAAAUUUAUCUGCGCUGGAAGGAACCGGACAGGCCCCGCCCACUAAAGUUGUCCCUGGUGUACGCCUUUGUCUUCUGUUUUUGUACCUUGUUCUUAGUGGCAGUGCCACUCUACAGUGACACACUCAGUUCCCUGAUUGGCAUUGGCAUUGCUCUCUCGGGAGUACCAGUCUAUUUCCUGGGUGUGUAUCUGCCCGAGUCCAAGCGCCCGCCCAUCAUCAGCAGACUGCUGUGUGCUGUGACACGAUUCACCCAGUUUACCUGCUUCUGUGUGCUCACUGAGAUGGAGUAAAUCACAUCUAUGCAACCACCUCCGUCAGGCAGAUAGGAUUCGCUCCCUCUCCACCUGUCUGGAGGACAGGGAGCAGGACACUGCUCUGAAGCAUGCACACUGGCCUCUUGCACACUCAGUGACACACAUGCGAAACAGGGCGCAGUCUGAGGUCCUGCUGUGCUAGUGUUUCACUGACUGAAAUUCUACUUCUUCUCUCAGUGAUAAGUGCAGAAUAGGUACCGCAGGAAUGAGCCCUAAGGUCAUUGUACAAGCUGAUGAAACAACUUGUCUUCCAUUUCCGCAAGGGAAAGCAUUCACUCAUUAUCCAUUCUAGCAUUUUCCUUUCACUUCUGGGUCUUGGGCAAUGGUUCUAAAUGUUAAGUUACUUUUCAUGUUUUUGUAAGACUUAAAUAUAUUAACUUUGGUGUUGGACAUUUGUAUUGUAACAUCACACGUUUAGCCUUUAUGAAGUUGUGUACUCAUUCACAGCCCCCUUGCUCUGUGGGCUGCUGCUGUGGUGUGGUCAUACAUGGCGGGGUCAGGCUAGUCAUUUAUCACUCUUUCUAGUUUAUAGAGCAAAAGGCUUGAGCCUUGUAGGGAAGAGGAAGUCAGCCUAGCACUCCCAGAAGAAACACACUUUACCUCAGUUUUGCAACUGCACAGUAAAGCAAGAACCAGAUUUUUAGGAGUUUAUUAAAUAUGGUCCUUGCUUUUUCAUAUUAGUCAUGUAAGUGGGGAAUGAAUGGAGAAUAUUUUAGCACAUGAUAAACAUGGCAACAAUAAGGGUGAAUAAGCCAAAUUGUGGUGCAUUUUGAAUUACUUCUGAGAACCAGAUGUAUUUAAUAAACAAUACAAUUACUGUAAUGUGCAUUAUUCAGAAAAUAAACAGCAUAUUGAUCUCCAUUAAUAAUGGCAUUCAUUUUGAAAUCUUUAUUUUUAAUACACAUCUACAUAUUUACAUAGUUUGUCACCCUUUGGAAUCAGGAAUGUUGACACGCAUGUUACAGCCACUCUGCACAAAACCACCCCACACAUGAAACUCAACACUACUACCACACACGCUCACUACCAUGCAAAUCAAACAGUCGCAGAACAAUGCAACAAU